GCUUGGGGAGUAUUCCCACCCAAAUCGCGUGUGAAGCGAAGUGAAUGGCGAACGCUGAGCUGCUGUGUUGCCAAUUCGAUGGUUUUAAGGUUCCCCCAUUUGUGAGAAGGAGAUUGAGCUUCCCGUUUUGGAAUCCACUUAGUAAUCCAAUUCCGAAGAAUCAAAGAACACCUUUUGUGAAGCUGCAAGCAGAUAUGAUGCACACUUCUGACCCCAAAAUUCCACACGUACUCACUGUUGCUGGCUCUGAUUCUGGGGCUGGUGCUGGAAUCCAAGCUGAUCUCAAGACUUGUGCUGCUCGCCGAGUCUACUGUUCCACUGUCAUCACUGCUGUUACUGCACAGAACACUGUUGGAGUUCAGGGAGUGCACGUUGUACCUGAGGAUUUUGUGGCAGAGCAGUUAAACUCUGUGCUCUCUGAUAUGCAUGUUGAUGUGGUCAAAACAGGCAUGCUACCCUCUCUUAAUACAGUGAAGGUCCUUUGUCAGAACCUUAGGAAAUUUCCUGUCAAAGCUCUUGUGGUUGAUCCUGUCAUGAUAUCUACCAGUGGAGAUGUACUUGCUGGCCCUUCUGUUCUUGCUGGAUUUCGGGAGGAGCUGCUUCCCAUGGCUGACAUUGUAACCCCAAAUAUAAAAGAGGCAUCAGUUUUACUUGGUGAUGUGCCACUGAAAUCAGUUUCUGACAUGCGUACUGCUGCAAAAUUGAUACAUGAUUUGGGUCCUAGGAAUGUACUUGUAAAAGGCGGUGACCUCCCUAAUUCAUUGGAUGCUGUUGAUGUAUUCUUUGAUGGUAAGGAAUUCUACGAGUUGUGCUCAUCACGUGUAAAUACCUGCAAUACUCAUGGUACUGGUUGUACUUUGGCAUCAUGCAUUGCAGCAGAACUCGCAAAAGGUUCAUCAAUGCUUUCUUCAGUUAAGAUAGCUAAACAUUUUAUUGAGGCUGCCUUGAAUUACAGUAGAGACUUGGUCAUUGGAAAUGGAGCUCAAGGCCCUUUUGACCAUUUUUUGGCACUUAAGAAUAUCAAUCAGAGUUCUUGUCGGCAGAGUAGGUUCAAUCCAAAUGACUUAUUGUUAUAUGCUGUUACGGAUUCGGGUAUGAAUAGGAAGUGGGGCCGUUCUAUUGCUGAAGCUGUUAAGGCUGCUGUAGAAGGAGGUGCUACCAUUGUUCAAUUAAGGGAAAAGGAUGCUGAGACUCGGGACUUCCUUGAUGCUGCCAAAGUAUGCCUUAAAAUAUGCCGUUCCCUUGGAGUCCCUCUGCUUAUAAAUGAUCGUAUAGAUGUGGCCCUUGCUUGUGAUGCUGAUGGUGUUCAUGUUGGUCAAUCUGACAUGCCUGCACGUCUUGCUAGAACUCUCCUUGGGCCUGAAAAGAUAAUUGGUGUAUCAUGCAAGACGCCAGAGCAAGCCCAACAAGCAUGGAUUGAUGGUGCCGAUUACAUUGGUUGUGGUGGUGUAUAUGCCACUAAUACAAAGGCAAACAAUCGUACGGUAGGCUUAGACGGAUUGAAGGAAGUAUGCAAGGCCUCUAAACUGCCUGUGGUUGCAAUUGGUGGCAUUGGUCUGUCAAAUGCACAUGCAGUCAUGGAAAUUGGUGUACCAAAUCUGAAAGGGGUUGGCGUCGUUUCUGCUUUAUUUGAUAGGGAAUGCAUUUUGACUGAGACAAGAAACUUGCACGCCAUAAUAAGUUAGGCAUCAUUAGGGGUACAAUGAACAAACCGGAAUGUGAGAGCACUUUUGUUGAAUUUUAGUUAAAAGGAGUGGUUACUAGAGCUCUAGUCGCUUUCACCUUUAACGGAAAUAUACACCUGCUUAUUCUUUAUGCCUCUAAACUUGAAAAAUCCCAAUUAAGGAAUUUUUGCAAUGCUUAUUACUGGGGAAGAACAAAACAUAUUUGGACGUUCAUUUAUAUGCCUUUGUGGGGUGUUCGUACCU